AUGUCUACGAAAACCGCGCUCAAAGCCGCCAAAGCUGCAAUUGGCGCAAAGGACUGGGAGGAAGCGAAGAACCAGGCCAAAGCAGUAAUCGACAAGGACCCAGACAACUACUUUGCGUAUCUGUUCCUGGGCCGCGCAAACGAUGGACUGAGCAAAUUCGAUGAGGCCGCAAAAGCCUACUACAAAGCGACCAAGAUCAAGCCCGAAGAUCCCCAGGCAUGGCUGGGUCUGAGGGCCAUGUACGAGGGGCUCAAGGGCGCAAAAGUAGACGAGAACAUUGACGUUGGUCUGACCCUGGCCCAAAUAUACAUGGACCUCGACGACCUCCAAAAAUCCCAAUCCGCAAUCGACAAGCUCGUCGACCACGCCCGCGCCCACGGCACAAAAAUGCAAUACGCCCGUGCCCUCAACACCCAACUCCCCUCCUCCCCCGUAUACACCUACCUCGAAGGCCGCCUCCCGGACCCCGCAAAAGUAUACUCACGCAUCGCCGAAAUUCACGAGACACACGACGCGGCAACUAUCAAGCGCCUCGUCGAAGAGCGGCGACUCCGCGUCGGCGCAACCCUCGAGGGCACGACCGCUGCUGUCAAGAAUGAAGUCUACGCCGCGAGCCCGCUGGAGGAUAUAUACGAGCAAGCGACCAAUUGGACGCGAGAUGAUGAGCUGCGAAGGGAGUAUGAAGAGAAGCUACUAGCGAGGGCAUAUGAUACCCUGAUGGUACUACCUGCUGGUCAGAAAGCAGAAAAGAGAGAGAAAGUCAUGCGCCUGGCGCACGACAUGGUGGUUAUCAAGCACCCAAACCUCCUAGCCUGGACCAUCGAAUUAGAAUGGCGAUCCGGCAUGGAAAUCGAGGCGCAUUGA